GGUUCGCAGGCUCAUACGAGAAAACUAACAAUCAUUUUUCUUUCUGAUGGCAAACAGAACCGUUAAAGAUGCCAACAGCAUACACGGGACUAACCCACAGUAUCUGGUGGAGAAAAUCAUCCGAACUCGAAUCUACGAGUCUAAAUACUGGAAGGAGGAGUGCUUCGGUCUGACCGCUGAACUGGUUGUUGACAAAGCCAUGGAGCUGAGGUACGUUGGAGGAGUUUACGGCGGGAACAUCAAGCCCACUCCCUUCCUCUGUCUUACACUGAAGAUGCUGCAGAUUCAGCCAGAGAAAGACAUCAUCGUCGAGUUCAUAAAAAAUGAAGAUUUCAAAUAUGUUCGUUUACUUGGAGCGACGUACAUGAGAUUAACUGGCACUGCAGUGGAUUGUUACAAAUACCUGGAGCCUCUGUACAACGACUACAGAAAGAUCAAGAGUCAGAACAGAAACGGAGAGUUUGAGUUGAUGCAUGUGGAUGAGUUCAUUGACCAGCUUCUUCACGCAGAGAGGAUGUGUGACAUCAUUCUGCCCCGGCUUCAGAAGAGACAAGUCCUGGAGGAGGCUGAGAUGUUGGAUCCACGUAUCAGCGCUCUGGAGGAAGACCUGGAUGAAGUGGAGAGCAGUGAAGAAGAUGAUGAGGAAGAGGAGAAGCCAGAGAGACUUCAGACGCCGGAACCCCACAGACGCAGUUACCGUGACAACGACAGACCUCGCCGCUCUCCAUCACCUCGUUACAGACGCAGCCGCUCACCGAGACGGAGGAGCAGAUCUCCAAAGAGACGAAGUCCAUCGCCACGGAGAGACCGCCAUCGCAGCAAGAGUCCCCGCAGACACCGCAGUCGGUCCAGAGACAGGCGUCACCGCUCCAAAUCCCCAGGUCACCACAGAAGCCACAGACAUCGCAGCCACUCAAAGUCCCCAGAGAGGAGUUCAAAAAAGAGUCACAAGAAGAGUCGGAGAGGAAACGAGUGAUCCCCCUUUGCUUUUAUAUCUUUUCCUGUUUUUUUUUUUUUUUUAAUCUCCAAACUGUCACUUUCAAUAUUAGAUAUUUGACCACUGACCUGUGGUUCAAACCCUCUGAGACAGAAAACUCUGCUCCCCAUUUUCAGAUAAUAUUGGUUGUUAUCAGUAACUUUUGGAUAUGUGUAAAUGUCGAAAAUGGUUUUCUUGUAAACAUUUUCUGUAUAAUGAGAAUGAGUUUCAGACUCUUGCCUGAUGUUUGUCUUAGAAAUAAAGAUCCCGGUUCAAUA